AUUUUGUCUUUAGUUUAGUCGCCACCAGCUUCAAUAUCUGGCUUAUUAGCUUGCUAGCUGCACUCUUAUUGUCAAAUUUGCCAUUAAUAAUAUGAUAAAUUGAACUUAUAGCUGCACUGAUCAAUAUUUGCUAACAGUGGGUCUUAAUUGUGUAAUAUGAAAGAGGUCGCUUGUAGUGACGAACUCAAUCAUCACCCAACUCUGCAGGAAGGAACUUGUAACAUAUAGAUCCCUUUGCUCCGGUCACAACGAAAAUAACUGCAGUUACAAAAAUGCAAACUACACAGAAUAAACAGGUCUGUAGUCGCUCAGAGUACUAACUCAUUAGAGGCAUCUAUUUGGUCUUUUCUCGUGUGAUUUGGGGAUGGGCGCAUGGGAGAGUUUUCCACCUCUCUCAGCUUGCUUUUCACCCAAAAUAUUGUAUACCUAAUAGAACCAUUGUCACAGGGUUCAAAUGGAUGUUUUCGUUUAGUUUUGAUGUUGGUGAAACUUGAUAAUUUGCAUGUGCAUAAGGAGGCAGUGCUAGUGUGACAGUAUCACAGUCUAUAUGCAGCUGAAGCACAGGGACACGCAUCGGCUACUUCCCGAUCUCUGCGCUAUUGUUUAUCUGUAAAGGAAAUCCGGAUAUUACGUCAAAAUACAAGCGGAAGUCCUCCCACAUCCUGGUUGUGCAGCACAUGAAUUGGUCCGGUCAGAUUCAAGUCUCAGUUACGGCUUUCGCUUCGUGCUAAAUAAUUCCGUUAAUUGAACCGGUUUGUUUUCCGUUUUCUUUUCUGUGGGCAAAAUGCCGUUAACGUUCGAGCUGUGUCCCGGUAGAAUGAUUGGAGGAGAUCAUCCAUGCUUCAUCAUCGCUGAAAUUGGACAAAAUCACCAGGGAGACAUUGAGAUUGCCAAGAAAAUGAUCAAAAUGGCAAAGGACUGCGGUGCUGAUUGUGCCAAAUUCCAGAAGAGUGAAUUGGAGCAUAAAUUCAACAAGAAAGCCUUGGAGCGCGAGUACAACUCUGUUCACUCCUGGGGGAAAACCUAUGGUGACCACAAGCGCCAUCUGGAGUUCAGCCAUGAGCAGUACAGGGAACUGCAGAAAUAUGCUGCGGAGGUGGGGAUCUGCUUCACUGCCUCUGGGAUGGAUGAGAUGGCAGUGGAGUUCCUCCAUGAGCUUAAUGUGCCUUUCUUGAAAGUGGGCUCAGGAGACACCAACAACUUCCCCUAUCUGGAGAAGACUGCCAAGAAAGGACGGCCCAUGGUGGUGUCCAGUGGGAUGCAGAGCAUGGAGACGAUGCGUCGGGUCUACAAAACGGUGAAGAAGCACAACCCCAACUUUACCAUCCUGCAGUGCACCAGCGCCUACCCUCUGGAAGCUGAAGAUGUCAACCUCAGAGUGAUAAUGGAAUACCAGAAGGAAUUUCCCGAUAUUCCCAUCGGGUACUCCGGCCAUGAGUCUGGGAUCAGUAUUUCAGUUGCGGCCGUAGCUAUGGGUGCAAAGGUCAUCGAGCGCCACGUAACCUUGGACAAGACUUGGAAAGGAAAUGACCACGAAGCCUCUCUGGAGCCCAGUGAGCUAGCCGAGCUGGUUCGUUCCAUCCGACUGGUGGAGAGGGCGCAGGGCACCGGCAUCAAGCAGAUGUUACCUUGUGAGAAGCCGUGCCAUGAUAAGCUGGGUAAGUCCUUGGUGGCCAAGGUCAAGAUCCCCAAAGGAACCGUCCUGACUCAGGACAUGUUGACGGUGAAGGUGGCUGAGCCGAUGGGCAUCGCGGCCGAGGACAUCUUCCAAAUGGUGGGAAAGACCGUGACGAAGGAUGUGGAGGAGGACGACAGCCUCUUGCCAGAGGUGGUGGAUGGGUACUGCAAGAAGAGGAAGUGCUGAGGAUGGCAAGGAGUUCAUAAAUGGGUAGAAAAGGCACAUCAUUUGAGAGGAAACGUUAUCGAUUCCUCCAGUCAUUUUGUUUGGUGGUGAUGGGAUUGUCCUGGACGAGGAGUAAUUGGUUCGUGCAUUGCUCUGAUAGUUUCAAUAUAUCACAGCUGGGGUUCAAACAGUUUCUUUUUCAAAUAACUCUGUUUUUUAUUGUCUAAAAGCCGCCUUAACUUAAUACACUAACUUUUUCUCCAACAGGCUCUUUGAUAAACCCACCAUAAUCUUACAAGAGGCUCAAUAGUAGUCUCAGUCCUGUGGUCAGUACUAGUGCAGCACUUUCUGAGGUGGCACAAAAGCCAGUUGUUGUUACUGUUAACUUGACAUACUUUGCACUAUAGUUUUUGCCUGCUCUGUAGAGAUUAAAGGAACAUUGAACACACAAAGCUGCCACUGGUCAUCUCCUCACACACCGGUGAGAUCAGAGGCCCUUUGCCAAACACUCAUUGUAUUCUUCUUGUACCUGCUCAUUAAUGUAAGUUCAUGAUAUCCUGCAUGGUUUGUGUUUGUGCUGCUUCUUUGAGAGAAGCACAAUAAGACUACCGGAGCCAGACGCUUCCCAAAACCAAAAGAAGAAAUGCCCCCUCUCUCAAUUAACCUUGUUUUUGUCACGAACCCAAACCCGUCCGGAUGUUAACUGAACAUGUCACAACCUGUGGAGACUCUGUUGAGAUUUGAUGUUCCAAAAAGUUGAAGCCUCCAAAUAAAAUGUUGCCCGAA